GGCGGGACCUCUGGGGAGGGAGGGAGGGAGGGAGGUACACACUCCACCAGCGGUUCUGGGGGCCCUGCAAGCUGGAAGAGACCAUCCUGACGGGAGCAGAGAGACGAUACUGGGGGAGGAAGAGAGACAUCAAAGGGACCCCACCAGACGGAGGAGAGGGAAACUAAUCCUAACGUAUGGAGAAGUAGAGAUGGGGAAGCCUGCGACCCGGGAGAGACCGCUCGACCUGCAGGACCUUUAGAGGAUGGCUGUGGAAUUGGGGUGGCAUGGAAGGGACCAUGUCAGGCAGAUGCCGGGCUUGGCAAUGAGGAACUGCAAGAGGUCACCAAAGGCUGACAAGGGGCUAUGGCAACGAGAGGGCCGCCACUCAGUGAACACCUACAAGGCCUGCAUGAAGUUUAGUGACUGCUACUCGGGUUUUGUGUCCACCACCAUGGGCCCCAAGGACUACAUGGUGUCCAACACUCACUGCUGCCAGAGCGACGGCUGCAACCGUGGCUCGGUGCCCCCUCCGCAGAACAAUCGCACCGAGAAUGGUCUCCAGUGCCCCGCCUGCAUCGUACCCUUCCAGGAGACAUGCCCAGGGACCAAGGCAGCCCGCUGUGUUGGCCAGGAAACGCACUGCGUCUACUUCGCUGGCAACGUGCAGGCUGGUAUUAUCAACGCCAAAUUUGCCACUCGCGGCUGUGCUACAGAGAGCGCCUGCUACACCAAGCCUGGGGCCCAGGUGCCCUCGGCCUCCUAUCUCUACUUCCUCCGCCGAGCAGACUGUCUCCCAGCCCCCCGGCAGGGCUGAGUGAAGAACUAAGAAAUGUGUGCCUCGAGGUUUCCAUCUGUCCUCAGCCUGCAGCUCCCUAUGUGCUUGUAAAUUAAAGAGAUUAAGCCGAGCGA